GGCCGCCGCAGGGAGCAGCCAUGUCCCCGUUCCUCCGCAUCGGCUUGUCCAACUUUGACUGCGGGGCCUGGCCUCCAGGCCAGGGCGAGGCGGCGAGCCCGUACUGCGCCGUGCUGGUGAAGGAAUGCGUGGAGUCAGAGGGCGGGCAGCUGUAUGUGCAGAAGAAGCCCACCAUGUACCCGCCUUGGGACAGCACCUUCGAUGCGCACAUCACCAAGGGCCGCGUCAUGCAGAUCGUCGUGAAGGACCGGAAUGUGGACGCCAUCUCCGAGACCACCGUGGAGCUGACCGCACUGGCCGACAGGUGCCGCAAGAGCAACGGCAAGACGGAGAUCUGGCUGGAGCUGAGACCUCAGGGCCGGGUUCUGAUGAAUGCGAGGUACUUCCUGGAAAUGAGCGACACCAAGGAGCAGGGCGAGUCCGAGAGCGAGGGCUUCUUCGCUCUGCAUCACCGCCGAGGCGCCAUGAAGCAGGCCCGGGUGCACCACGUCAAGGGCCACGAGUUCACGGCCACCUUCUUCCCGCAGCCCACCUUCUGCUCCGUCUGCCACGAGUUUGUCUGGGGCCUCAACAAGCAGGGCUACCAGUGCCGACAGUGCAACGCCGCCAUCCACAAGAAGUGCCUUGACAAAGUGAUCGCCAAGUGCACGGGGUCCGCCGUCAACAGCCGGGAGACCAUGUUCCACAAGGAGCGCUUCAAGAUCGACGUGCCGCACCGCUUCAAGGUGUGCACCUUCCGCAGCCCCACCUUCUGCGAGCACUGUGGGACGCUGCUGUGGGGGCUGGCGCGGCAGGGCCUCAAGUGUGAUGCAUGCGGGAUGAACGUGCACCACAAGUGCCACAACAAGGUGGCCAACCUGUGCGGCAUCAACCAGAAGCUCAUGGCCGAGGCGCUGGCCAUGAUCGAGAGCGCCCAACAGGCACGCUGCUUACGGGACACGGAGCACGUCCUCCGGGAGGGGCCUGUGGAGAUCGGGCCCCCCUGCCCUGGGAAGGGGGAUGCCAGGCCGCCCUUGGCUCCAGCGUCAGGGAAACGAGAGCCGCAGGGCAUCUCCUGGGAGACCCCUCCGGACAGGGUGGAGACCCCAAGCCACCCACCGCAGCCCGACCUGACCCCGGACAGGCCACCCCCUCACGCGAAGCCCGGUAUCGAGGACUUCAUCCUGCACAAACUGCUGGGCAAAGGCAGCUUUGGCAAGGUCUUCCUGGCCGAGUACAAGAAGACCAACCAGUUCUUCGCCAUCAAGGCACUGAAGAAGGACGUGGUGCUCAUGGACGACGACGUGGAGUGCACCCUGGUGGAGCGGAGGGUGCUGGCGCUGGCCUGGGAGCACCCCUUCCUCACGCACAUGUUCUGCACCUUCCAGACCAAGGAAAACCUCUUCUUUGUCAUGGAGUACCUCAACGGCGGGGACCUCAUGUUCCACAUCCAGGCCUGCCACAAGUUCGACCUCUCCAGAGCCACGUUCUACGCUGCUGAGAUCAUUCUGGGGCUGCAGUUCCUGCACUCAAAGGGCAUCGUGUACAGGGACCUGAAGCUGGACAACAUCCUCCUGGACCAGGACGGCCACAUCAAGAUCGCCGACUUCGGCAUGUGCAAGGAGAACAUGGGUGGUGGCGCCAAGACCAGCACCUUCUGCGGGACGCCUGACUACAUUGCCCCCGAGAUCCUGCUGGGCCAGAAGUACAACCACUCCGUGGACUGGUGGUCGUUCGGAGUCCUCGUCUACGAGAUGCUCAUGGGCCAGUCGCCGUUCCACGGGCAGGACGAGGAGGAGCUGUUCCACUCCAUCCGCAUGGACAGUCCCUUCUACCCUCGCUGGCUCGAGAAAGAGGCCAAGGACCUGCUGGUGAAGCUGUUCGUGAGAGAGCCUGAGCGGAGGCUGGGCGUGCGGGGGGACAUCCGCCAGCACCCACUCUUCCGGGAGAUCAACUGGGAGGAGCUGGAGAGGAAAGCGAUCAACCCCCCCUUCAGGCCCAAAGUGAAAUCCCCGAGUGACUGCAGCAACUUCGACAAGGAGUUCCUAAGCGAGAAGCCGCGACUGUCGGUGGCCGACCGCGCGCUCAUCAACAGCAUGGACCAGAACAUGUUCCGGAACUUCUCCUUCAUGAACCCGGGCAUGGAGCGCCUCAUCUCCUGAGCGGGGACAAACCGAGGGCCAGGACACUUGCCAUGAGCACGCGGGAAGACAAGAAACACGGCCGGGCCGGGCUCCCGCCACCCCA